GAAAGGGAGGUGGGGAGAGUAUAAAUGAUCCGUGUUGAGACCAAGAACUGAACAGAACAUUUGGCUCCUGCCUUUUGAGCUUUGGUGCCUCUUUAGCUUGUGUUUGGUGAACUCUGCUCAUCUCUGAGGAGGUCUGCUUGGUCUUAGCGUCCCAGGAUGCGUCGGCUGUGUGCUCUGGGUCUCUUCUUGGCCCUGUUGCAUGUGUCCAGCUGUCUGCUGAUUGGAGCGUUCAACAUCCAAAAGUUUGGGAACAAGAAAUCCCAGGACGCGGAUGUGAUGAAGAUCAUCAGCAUGAUUGUCCACCGCUACGACAUCAUUCUGAUCCAGGAGGUCCUCGACAGCGAUCAGAAAGUAAUCCAAAGACUCAUGAACGAAGUUAACGCAGUUUCUCCUCAGUACAACUUCAUCGCCAGUGCUCCCCUGGGACGCAGCAUCUACAAGGAGAGAUACCUCUACCUCUACAAGCACAACACGGUGUCUGUGGUUUUCAAUCUCCAAAACAUGGCCACUGUUUUCGCCAGACCGCCCUUCGUUGUCAAGUUUUCCUCCAUACAGAGCGAAUUUAGUCUGAUCCCCAUCCACACCUGUCCAAACUGCGCUGUUGGAGAAAUUGAUGCCCUUGUUGACGUGGCGGUUGCUGCCGGAUAUUUUAGCAACAAUGACAUCAUGCUGCUUGGCGACUUCAACGCCGGCGGCUCUUAUGUAAAAAGCAAUGACUGGAGCUAUAUCCGCCUCCGAAGCAACUACUUCCACUGGCUGAUCGGUGACAAUGUUGACACUAUGGUGUCAAGGACUGGACAAGCUCACGACAGGAUUGUCGUCACCCCUACCCUGAACAGCAGAGUGGUGACAGGCAGCGCUCGCGUCUUUAACUUCCAGGCUCAAUAUGGCCUUACCCUGGCUCAGGCGGAGGCCGUCAGUGACCAUUUCCCUGUGGAGGUGCAGCUAUCAUGAGUACAGGAACCGCUUCACAGACCUCCAGGCUGACCCUGAGCUAGGAUUAUUCAGUUGGAGUUCUUCUGGAAACCAUGCAGCAUUGAAAAAGAAUAAAAAAAUAAAGAAUGCCUAA